AUGGCUCAAUCUCUUGAUCAUGAAGAAUUCUUUUCGGACGGAUGUGUACUGGUAAACGGCCCUUUGAUUGUGGGAGCAGGUCCAUCAGGUUUAGCAGUGGGUGCUGGUCUUAAACAGCAAGGAGUUCCAUUUGUGAUUCUUGAAAGAGCAAACUGCAUUGCCUCUCUAUGGCAAAAUCGAACCUAUGAUCGACUAAAACUUCAUCUUCCUAAAAAAUUCUGUGAACUUCCCUACAUGCCAUUUCCAGAAAACUUCCCUGAAUAUCCCACAAAACAUCAGUUCAUCGACUACCUCGAAUCGUAUGCGAAACAUUUUGAGAUUAGUCCAAGGUUUAAUGAGUGUGUUCAGUCUGCUAAAUAUGAUGAAACAUGUGGGUUGUGGCGUGUUAAGACUGUUACAAAUGGUGAUUCAAGUUCAACAAUAGAAUACAUUUGCAGGUGGCUCGUGGUGGCUGCCGGAGAAAACGCCGAGAAAGUCGUGCCGGAAUUUGAAGGGUUGCAAGAGUUUGGUGGGAAUGUCAUGCAUGUUUGUGAUUAUAAAUCCGGUGAGGCUUACCGGAGAAAGAAUGUGUUAGUUGUUGGUUGUGGGAAUUCAGGCAUGGAAGUUUCACUUGAUCUUUUCCAUCAUAAUGCAUUUCCAUCUAUGGUAGUUCGAAGCUCGGUUCAUGUAUUGCCAAGGGAAAUUCUUGGAAAAUCAACAUUUGAGUUAGCAGUUUCAAUGAUGAAGUGGCUGCCAGUUUGGGUAGUAGAUAAAAUACUGCUGGUAGCAGCAAGGCUAAUUCUUGGAUACAUAGAAAAGUAUGGGCUUAAAAGGCCAAGAAUAGGUCCUUUACAGCUAAAGGACACAGAAGGGAAGACCCCUGUGUUGGAUAUAGGUACCCUUCAAAAAAUUAGAUCUGGUGAAAUCAAAAUAGUCCCUGGAAUCAAGAAAUUUUCUCAUGCCAGUGUUGAGCUUAUUAAUGGACAAAUUCUUGAAAUUGAUUCUGUUAUUUUGGCAACUGGAUAUUGCAGCAAUGUCCCAUCAUGGUUAAAGGAAAAUGAGUUCUUUUCAAGAGAUGGAAUCCCGAAAUCAGCCUUCCCAAAUGGAUGGAAAGGCAAAGCUGGGCUGUAUGCAGUUGGGUUCACAAGGAGAGGACUCUCCGGUGCGUCUUUGGAUGCUAUUAAAGUGGCACAAGAUAUUGGCAAAAUGUGGAAAAAAGAAACAAAGCAGAAAAAUCAAUCUGUUAGUGUAUUGUGCCAUAGGAAGAUUCAAGCCACAUUUUAA